AUGGGUGAACGCGUCAGGGUUCGCCCGCGCCUGGGCGACGGCGUCCUGGACCCGUCGGCGGCGGCAACCCUCCUGCGCUACUCGCUUCCGGCCAUGGUCCCGAGCGUGGCCAUCAAGACCCUCAGCUCGAGCAGCCACGACGCGGUCCGGCGGGAGGCCGGCCUCCUCAGGGCGUGCCGCGGCCACCGCUCCAUCGUCCAGCUGCGUGCCAUGUCCUCCGACCCCGGCGCCGACGACAGGCUCUCCCUCGUCAUGGAGUACGUCGGGCCAAGCCUCCACCACGUCCUCCACGGCGCCCGCCGCGGCUGCCCGUUCCAGGAGGACGUCGUGCGCUACCUCAUGCGGCAGCUCCUGGGCGGCGCCAAGCACAUGCACGAGCGCUGCGGCGUCGUCCACCGGGACAUCAAGCCCGAGAACGUCCUCGUCGGCGACGGCGUCAAGAUAUGCGACUUCGGGCUCGCCAUGCGCACGUCGACCCAGUCCCCGCCGUACGGCCUGCAUGGCACCCGCAGCUACAUGGCCCCGGAGAUCCUCCUGGGGAAGCCCGACUACGACGCCAAGGUGGACGCCUGGUCGCUCGGCUGCGUCAUGGCCGAGAUCCUCCUGGGCGACCGGCUCUUUGGCCGCGCGGCGGACGACGCCGACCAGCUCCUCAGGAUCUUCUACAUUCUUGGCGUGCCGGACCAGAUCUCCUGGCCGUCCUACAACUCCAUGCCGCUCGCCGGCGAGCUGGUGGCGCCGCCGCCGACGACGAGCACCCCCCACCGCAACAGGCUGCGCGAGAUGUUUCCAGAGGACUGCCUGUCGAUACAGGGCUUCCAAGUAUUGAGCGGCCUCCUCUCCUGCGACGCACACAAGAGGCUGUCGGCGGCUGAUGCCUUGGAGCUUCCUUGGUUCGCCGUCAACUAGGACGACGCUCCGGAAACCUUGAUUUGAUAGCGUGCACACACAACGUUCUUGUGUCGACACACAUGUAAUGUAAGGUUCGACUGCGAUAUUUCUGCAGUUCUGCUGUCUGGGUUUAGUUGCAAGGAAAUUGUCGACUUACGUUCAGGUAAAAAA